AUUCCUCAACCACUCUGAACUCUUCUGCAUCCUCUCUUCCCUACCUUCCCCCCCUCCCCCGAGCUUUUUCAUCCUCCCUUCACUAUCCUAACAUCGACACGACUAUGCCUGCCCACCGUAGCAAGAAGCCUGUUAAGGAAAGAACCAUCGCGGGCAAAACACACUGUUGUGGGCCACGGCAGUUCACAGACCCUAGAACUGACGGCCAUGAUUAUACCGUCACUUGCAUGAUAUGCAAAGAAAUUUGUAAUGAUAGCCAAACGGCCUUAAGGCACUUAAGGGCAUACAUGAAUGGCAGGUCCUUGGGGUGUUUCUGGCCCGAUUGUGAUCGCUAUCAUGUACCCCUUGCCAAUAUAGACUGUCUCAUUGUUCACUACCGUGGCCAUGCAAAAAUAUACGACCACUGCAGGCACUGCGAUCUGUAUUUCUCGCAUGAUCCUUCGCUCCUCAGUCGCCAUGAGAAAAAUCGACAUCCCAAAGAAUAUCAGUCUAAGUUAGUUAUACGAAAAGCCCACGGCACCCCAAUCAAGUCAUCUAGGAAGUCAUCUAGGAAGUCAUCUGGGCCAAGUCGUUCACCCUCAGCCGUGCCUUCCGAGACACCUUCCAUCGAUUCAGGCUAUUAUUCUGCCUAUAGCUCACAAGCUUCUUCCUCGUCGACUACCCUGGAUGGAACUUGGGAAGGCGUUCCAUCUUUCUUGCGUGAAAGUAGUGUCGAUACGCCUUCAUUCCCAGACGCCCCUGUCUUCCCAACACCAGACUUGCUGGCAGACCCCCCUAUCAUUGAACCCGAGGCUUUCUAUGCUCCGACUCUGUAUUCCAUGUCGCGAUUACAUUCGCCACCUCCGUCCGAUACGUACAGCGGCCACGGCUUUGCAGAGGAGCCAUUCUACGAUUCAUCACAAACCGAUUCUGUGUUUCUCAACUUCGAUAGCGAGUUUGAGUUCGGAGGAAACCCCGCGUUCUAUCCAUCCUUCAGUCCUCAGUCAUCGUAUGCCGCCCUCGAUGCAUAUGACGACCUAUCGUACCGCGGCGCAGAGACCUUUACUUGGCCCUCUUUCCCUCCUCCUUAUGGAGGCUUCUAAGAUCACUUCUCCGGUUCUGUAUCUCUUCCUUUCUCUGGUGUAUACCUCUUCCACUCUCAUCUCAUACCCACCACCCUGUAUCAUGUUAAUUUUGUCUUUUAUUAAGUUUCAUUUUGUGUCGAUAGUCAUUUUGCAUUCUUAGAGCAUUCUUAGAGCUCUCUGUAUCCCCUGUCGUCAUUUCUGUUUCUUUGUGUAGACAUGUACGUUGGUCUAUAAUCUAUUGGUGUCCGUAUCUCCUCU